CUUUUUUAUGCAUUUUCUCGGCGGCCUAACGCUGAUUUCCCUAUGGACCGUACUUAUUUCAUUCACUGAAGUUAUCAUUUCUAAUGUCUAAUUGCGAAUUGAAUUGCCACGGUACAGUCUACGUCAUGUAUUGUGUAUUAUGUGGUUCUUCUUAGUUCCGAUCUUCUUCUUCGAGGGAGGAGCAACGGCUUACUUCUUAGUCAAACUUAGUCAAACAGUUGCAUCAGAGGUCACCGUCUGUAUUGCUAUUGCAAUCAUGGCCGAUGGGUCACGGCAUCCAUCGGUAGUUCAGAAGAUGGCUGGAGAGUCAUAUCUUACGUCCAAGCUUUCCCCCAAUUUUCGCUCCAGAAACUGUUGCUCAACUGGAAAUUACUUCAUGGGAGGUGGUGAACAACCUAUUUCGCAGCUGGCAAGCAAUGUCAGUGGCAUGGCCAUUGUCCCACCUAUGUUGCCAGUUACUGCUCAUGCUCCAACAGAGAAAGGGGCAUCUGCAUUUCUAGUAGAUUUCCUGAUGGGAGGAGUGUCUGCUGCUGUCUCUAAGACCGCUGCUGCUCCAAUUGAGCGAGUCAAAUUGCUUAUUCAAAAUCAGGAUGAAAUGAUCAAAAGUGGUCGAUUGUCUGAACCAUACAAGGGAAUAGGUGAUUGUUUUACCCGAACAAUUAAGGAUGAAGGUGUCCUGGCUCUUUGGAGGGGGAACACGGCCAAUGUUAUCAGAUACUUUCCUACUCAGGCUCUUAACUUUGCUUUCAAGGAUUACUUCAAGAGGCUUUUCAACUUUAAGAAAGACAAAGAUGGGUACUGGAAGUGGUUCGCUGGUAAUCUGGCCUCUGGUGGGGCUGCUGGGGCUUCCUCCCUCUUGUUUGUCUAUUCUCUUGACUAUGCUCGAACUCGAUUGGCUAAUGAUGCAAAAGCUGCAAAGAAGGGUGGUGAGAGGCAGUUCAAUGGCUUGAUUGAUGUUUACAAGAAAACCAUUCGGUCGGAUGGCAUCGCUGGUCUUUACCGUGGAUUCAACAUCUCGUGUGUUGGAAUCAUAGUGUACCGUGGUCUUUACUUUGGAAUGUAUGAUUCGCUGAAACCAGUGGUUCUGGUCGGUAGCUUGCAGGAUAGUUUCUUUGCUAGUUUCCUUUUGGGAUGGGGGAUCACAAUAGGUGCUGGUUUGGCGUCUUACCCAAUUGACACAGUGCGGAGAAGGAUGAUGAUGACUUCUGGUGAAGCUGUGAAAUACAACAGCUCUCUGCAUGCCUUCCAGACAAUCAUCAAGAAGGAGGGUGUUAAAUCGCUGUUCAAAGGUGCUGGUGCAAACAUUCUACGUGCUGUUGCAGGUGCUGGCGUGCUUGCUGGUUAUGACAAGCUCCAGCUCAUUCUCUUUGGUAAGAAAUAUGGAUCUGGUGGGGGUGGCUAAGACACAGAUGACGACGACAAUCUAUUACAUGGGACACUUAGGUUGGUCCCUUUGAAUGGAAUAAUUUUGUGUAUGAAAGAUAAUGUUUGGGUUUUUCAGAAAAAAUAGGGACAAGAAAUUUAGAUAAUAGUAUUGCGAACUUGCAAUUUAAUUGUUCGUGACAUUGGAGCCUUUAAGCGGUUUAGUUUCCAGCCCUCUUUCAAAUAAUUUAAAACCGGUGGCUUUCUGGGUUAAA